UACUGUCUAAUUCAUCACCUCCUAUUCAUUUGGCAUAAUAUUUUUAAAAUUAAUUGGCACUCUGAGCUGUUUCAUACUCAGAUUGCUUAUGAUAGCACUGAUAUAGUCAGAUAUUGCUUUUUACCAAGUUUAGAUGAAAUUUUCAAUAAUCUAUCUACUAUGGAUUGUGAGGUAAUAAUAUAUCAUCCUUUUUUGAUCAAGUAGUAAGCGAGCAACUUAUUUGAGAAUAUUGGGAUCACUUUAACAUAAAUGUGGAAAUCGCGAGACACAUAUGUUUACUGAAUGAUUGGAAAAUACAAAGAUAUAGUUUUUUUGUUUAAAAGGGACCAACUCUCUAAUUCCACUAUAAAGUACUAUUUUAUUAACCCACAAGCAUCUGUUUAUUGCUAUUAUAUUAACGUCUGGAAUUAUAUGAGAAUUCUUCCUGAUAUGAAGAAAUUCUAUUCCCAUCGGAAUAAGUUGGAACAUUUUUUUCUUUGAGGCAAAGUUGGACCAAUUUAGAUUGUGCAUCUGUAGCAAAAUAGUGGUUUUACCAUUGGCACUACCUUUUUUCUUCCACAUUUAAUAUGGAUUUACUUAUUGAUCAUAAAGUAAAUAUCAUUCCUCAGUUUCAUCAUGUAACGUAAGCACUGUCUAUUAAGUAGCUUUUAGGGAUGAAGCCACAUGUGGGAGCAUGCUCUUCCUAAUGCAUUCAGAGAUCAUAUAUAAAAAAGGAACUUAGAAAGAAACGAUUUACAUAAAACUCCAAUGUAAAUGCUGUACAUCUUUGGAAUAAAUAUUAUUCCAUAAAUCAAAGAUAACUGAACUCACAAUAACCACUUUACUCACCUAGUCACACCAAAAGGCUCCCUAUUUUGUUGUACUAAAGACAACCCAAAUGAAUCAAACACCACAUCAGGCUAAAGUUGAGUGCACAUGAUUGGUUUAAGCAAAAUCAGAAGAUGAAUCAGUUACAGCUUACAAGGCAUAACUUACUAAACAAAUACUAAAUAAAAGAUACAUGUUUCUUUUCUCCAAGAGCCAAUGAUGACAAAAAAAAUCCACAGGUUUAAAUAGUUCAUCACAACAAGUAAAAUCGUGUGGAUCAGCCAUUAGCUUAUUACAUAUUACAUAACUUUACAAAUGUCAAUCUUAUAAUCACAAAUUCGCACUUAAAAAACCACUACUGUACUGGCUUAGAAAAUGUGAAUGGUGUACUGCUAUUGCAGUAAAGACAAUUAUGUAACGUAAAUUUGAUUGCAUCCAAAGUCACACAUAGACAAAUUCCAUUCACACAGUAAACCUCCUAUUGUAUACAAUAAAGACAAUCCUAAAUACACAGAACACCGUAUCAUUCAAAAAGCCGGAGCACACAACGUUCUAAAAGGUGUAUAAAAGCUAAAACAAAUGAUAACUUCUUACAGAAACAAACCCAAAAGUAAAGGAAAAAUAUAAGCAUGUAUUUACUUCUUACCCUAUAAGAACAAGGGGAAAAGGGUGGAAGAGUCUUUAAAUAGACCACAGAAUUGAACACCGAUAGCCUUCUUUUACUUGUUGUGCCUAUUUGAAUUGGAAGAUCUGCCAUCUUCCUUACACACCCCGCUCGUCCCCUGUGGCCUCGCCUCUGUCUCCUUCUAUGGCAAGAGGCAACGAAGGUUGCAACGCCCUGGUGCAGGCGGCGAAGGACAUUAUGAUGACGCCGGUGGAGCAGCUUGUGCUCAAUCUGUGCAGCCCUGAGUUGCGUGGAAAUGCCCUUGUUGAGCUCUCCAAGAAAAGGGAGACGUUAAAGGAUUUGGCUCCACUGCUGUGGCACUCUUUUGGCUGUAUGUUUGUUCUGGUCCAGGAAAUUAUAUCAGUCUACCCUGCACUUUCACCCCCAACAUUAUCAGCAAGCGCAUCAAGCCGAGCCUGCAAUGCACUCGCACUUCUUCAGUCUGUUGCAUCACACCCUGAGACCAGGGCCCCUUUUCUAAAAGCUCUAAUUCCCCUGUACUUGUACCCAAUCUUGGACACUGUCAGCAAGGCCCGACCUUUUGAGUACCUGCGUCUCACAAGCCUUAGUGUCAUUGGUGCUCUUGUUAAGGUAGAUGAUACUGAAGUUAUCAAUUUUCUGGUGCAAAGUGGAGUCACUCCUCUGUGUUUGCGAAUCAUGGAGAUGGGCAAUGAGCUCUCGAAAACAGCAUCCACUUUCAUUGUCCAAAAGAUUCUGCUAGAUGAUAUUGGGUUACAGUACGCUUGUGCCACUGCAGACCGUUUCUUCUCUGUAUCCAGUGUUUUAGCAACCAUGGUAAUUUCACUGGCUGAUCAGCCUUCCACCAGGGUGCUGAAGCACGUCCUCCGCUGUUACCUCAGGCUGACGGAUGAUCCCAGGGCCCGUAUUGCACUGCAAAUUAGCCUUCCUGAGGUUCUGAAAGAUGGGACAUUCUACAACUGCCUUAGGGAGGACCCUGCUGCAAUGCAGUGCCUCCAACGACUUUUGAACAAUUUGUUUGGUGGAAGCGUGGGUGGAGCACCUCAUCCAGGCCCAGGUCAUGCGCCAGGUGGAAGCCCGGGUGGAGCCUCCCAGGCAGGCCCAAGUUGCGCACCAGGGAUAUAAACCCAUCCGGUUGCUGCGAUUCACUACAACAAUGUGAUAUCUUUUUGCGAAUUGCGGCUAGUGGAAGACCCUGCGCGUGUCUUGAAUAAAGCAUUAUGGUGUGGUUUACCAUUUCAAUAAUGUGUUGUAAUAAUAAGCACUGCAAAGGUUUGCAGUGCCUGCAACAGUACUUCUUUCAUCUUCUUUGACAUUUCGAACACCUAAAAUAAAGCAAAAUAAACUAGGGAAAUAACCUUUUAUAUGAA